AUGGGGCAAGAGAUAACUCUCCCAUGCUACAAUGGAGGGGAAUGUGUCCAGAAGAAGUUCUGCGAGUGCAGCAGAUAUAACGCGUCUGGGUCUCGGUGCCAGAUAGUGUAUAACACGGGGGCCGAGAGAGACAGUAUAUGUCGCACGUGGGGUCAGUACCACUACGAGACCUUCGAUGGAGUCUAUUACUUCUUCUCUGGAAAAUUCACAUACGACCUCUUACGGCAAAAUGAGCCGGACCAGCAGAGCUUUGCCAUACAGCUCCAUAACGACGGGCAGUGCCAGGCUGCCCCCUACCCCUGCCCGCGCUCCUUCAGCCUCUACUUUGCCGGAGACGGAGAGAUAAAGUUACAGAAACAGGAGGUUCUCCAUAACCGACACAGGGUGGAGCUGCCAUACUCCGUGGGCUCCGUGAGAAUACAGAGAAUCUCCGCGUACGUGAUUAUCCGGCAGUUGAACGUAUUUACGUUGGCCUGGGACGGCAGCUCCGGUUUGUACAUCAGAAUGAGCCCCGAUUUCCUGGGUAAAACCCACGGACUUUGUGGGAAUAAUAAUGGGGUUCAGCAGGACGAUCUGGUCACGAGUUACGGGAAAGUCACGGAGAACAUUGAGGAGUUUGUGAAUAGCUGGAGGGAAAAUGCACCCUAUGAAGUCCCUGAAGCCGGAUCGGUGCCCCCCCCAAAUGUGCCCCCCUGUGCCGGGCAGAGCCAGGAGGCCAAACAGACGGGGCAUUCCCUGUGCAGCUCCAUCCUGCAGCCCCCGUUCCAGAGCUGCCACGAGUCCGUCAGUCCUUUCCCCUUCAUGGCCGCCUGUGCCAACGACUUGUGCCUGUCCGGGAGUGACACGGCCACGUGGUGUCGGGCACUGACUGAAUACGCACGCGCCUGCGCCCAGGCCGGGCACCCACUCCAUGGCUGGAGGGCCGCAUACAAGCAGUGUGAGAUCCAGUGCGAUAACGACUUGGUCUAUAACGAGUGUAUCGACUGCUGCCCCACGUCCUGCCAGCAAAGGAAGCCGUGUAUCGACAGCGAGAUCUCCUGCGUGGACGGCUGCUACUGCCCCCGGGGUCUCAUAUAUGAGAAUGGGGUGUGUGUCCCCCCAUCAGAGUGCCCAUGUGACUUCCACGGGACGUCCCACCACUCUGGCUCAACGGUGCAGGAAGACUGCAAUAACUGCACUUGCACUGGGGGGAAAUGGAUUUGCACCAACAUCACCUGCCCAGCGGAAUGUUCCGUCACCGGAGAUUUCCACAUAAUGACAUUUGACGGCCGAAAAUACACGUUCCAGGCGCCGUGCCAGUACAUUCUGGCGAAGAGUCUCAGCUCCGGAACAUUUACUGUCACCCUGCAGAAUGCCCCGUGUGGGCAGAACCAGGACGGCUCGUGUAUCCAGUCAGUGAAUAUAAUUCUGUAUCAGGACCCCAAGAAGCAGGUGACUGUGACUCGCUCGGGGGACGUGUUGGUGUUUGAUCAGUAUAAAGUCAGCCUGCCCUAUACAGAUGAUGUGUUUGAGGUGAGGAGCCUCUCGUCGGUGUUUGUGCAGGUGAAGACGGACAUUGGGCUGCAGAUUCGCUACGACCGGGAGGGGCUGAGACUCUACGUCCAACUGGCCGGGCGAUGGCAGGGCGACACCAUCGGGCUCUGCGGGACCUUCAAUGAGAACCUGCAGGAUGAUUUCCUUUCCCCGGUGGGGGUGCCGGAGGGGACCCCGCAGCUCUUUGGGAACGCCUGGAAGACUUCCUCCGCCUGCGCCUCCGACCUCUUCCCUUCCCCGCUCGACCCCUGCGACGUCCAUCUACAAGCAGCCGCCUAUGCCUCGGAGAGCUGCAGUAUCCUGACCAAGGAGCCAUUUGCCCCCUGCCACCCCUUCCUCAGCCCCGUGUCCUACUACGAGAUGUGCCGGGGGGACACGUGUAAGUGCGGCCUGGCCUGUAUGUGCUCCGCCCUGGCACACUACUCCCACCAGUGCCGCCGCUAUGGGGUCCACAUCGACUUCAGAUCCAACGUCUCCGACUGUGUGAUCCCCUGUGAGGAAAGCCUGCAGUACGGAACCUGUGUGAGCUCCUGCGGCCGGACCUGCCAGGCCCUGUCUGUGCCAGAGACGUGUAACGGGGAGUGUGCCGAGGGCUGCGCCUGCCCCCCCGGAAUGUACCUCCAUACCAACUCCCACAGAUGUGUGCAACGGAGCGAGUGUCCCUGUUACUUCCAAGGAAUUCACUAUAAUCCCGGAGAGAAUAUCAUAACGUCCCUGGGCAAAUGCCUCUGUAAGGAUGGCAUCAUGAACUGUGAGAGCAGCACCGUGGUACACGCGUGUCCCGCCGGGCAGAUCUACUAUAACUGCAGCCGCCCAGAACUCCCUGCAGAACUGAGCCGGGAACGGACCUGUGAGAAUCAGCUCCUGAACCUGACAAUGUCGGCCCAUCUGCCCUGCCUCUCAGGCUGCGUCUGCCCUAAAGGGCUGGUGAAACAUGGAGACGAGUGCUUUGAGCCGGACGCCUGUCCCUGUUCAUGGAAAGCCAAGGAAUAUUUCCCCGGAGACGUGGUGAAUUCCUCCUGCCAUUCCUGUGUCUGCCAACAUGGAUCCUUCCAGUGCACCUUCCGCCCCUGCCCCUCCAUGUGCACCACCUACGGGGACCGCCAUUACCGCACCUUUGAUGGGCUCCCCUUUGAUUUCGUGGGGGCCUGUAAGGUCCAUCUUGUCAAGGGUUUAUCCCCCACCAGCUUUUCUGUCAUUGUAGAAAACGUGAAUUGCUUCAACGCGGGAAUCAUCUGCCGCAAACUGAUCACCAUCAGCGUCGGCCAAUCACUCAUCUUAUUCGACGACGACUCCGGCCAACCGAGCGCCGCCAGUGUCCUGGAUAAGAGGCAGAACAUCCAUAUCUGGCAGGCCGGGUUCUUCACGUUUGUCCAUUUCCCAGUAGAACAGAUCACUCUCCUCUGGGACCAAAGAACAACCAUUCACGUGCAAGUUGGGCCCCAGUGGCAGGGUGAACUCAGUGGACUGUGUGGGAAUUUCGACCUGAAAACGGUAAAUGAAAUGAGGACCCCCGAUAACUUCGACCUGACCAACUCCCAGGAAUUCGGCAACAGUUGGGCAGCGGUGGAGUGCGCUGACAGCUCAGACAUUAGGAACCCCUGCAACAUGAACCCCCUGAGAGAGCCCUUUGCUAAGAAGGAAUGUGCCAUCCUGAUGAGUGAGGUGUUUGAGGCCUGCCACCCAGUGGUAGACGUCACAUGGUUUUACUCCAAUUGCCUGUCGGACACGUGCGGCUGCAGCCGGGGGGGCGACUGCGAGUGUUUCUGCACCAGCGUUUCUGCCUACGCCCAUCAGUGCUGCCAACAAGGGGUGCCCGUAGACUGGCGCUCGCCCAGGCUGUGCCCGUACGACUGUGAAUACUUCAAUAAAGUUCUAGGGAAAGGCCCAUACAGGCUGCUCAGCUACUUGGACCGGAGCCUGGUACUGGGAACCCGAGCGCAGGACGGGGGGGUCUUUCCUGCGAGGGGAGAGGAUUAUAUUCCCGGAGGGACAACGCGUUUCAUGCUCACCCCCGGCCUGUACAGACCCAGGGCCCACGAUCGGAACCUGGUCUCCUUGGAGAUUGCGGAUCGGCCCAAUUACUUCCUCCAUGUUGGAGCCAACGGGACCCUCCAUGUUGCUAAGUGGCAGAAAAGUGAGGAAUUUCACAGCAGAUCCACAUUUGUGAUCCACAAGAACACUUGGAUCUCCGGCUACAGCGCCUUCGAGAGCUUCGCCAAACCCGGCCACUUUGUCCGCAUCUCAGCGUCGGCCAUUUUCCUGGCCAAGUACCACCAUUCCGUGGCCUUCAGGCUCUCCACGCUCUUCCGCCUAGCAGAGUCAAAAUCAAGGGCUGAGUCUCGGCCAAUGUGUGAGUGGCGUUACGAUUCCUGUGGCAGCUCCUGCUUCCGAACCUGCCGGGAUCCACUGGGGGAAUAUUGCCAGGACGUCCCAAAGGUGGAGGGCUGUACCCCCCUGUGCCCCCCAGAGAUGGUGCUGGAUGAAGUGACAAGGAAGUGUGUGUUCUUCGAUGACUGUAUAGAACCUGCACUUGGGGUAAUUACAUUGCUUUCUACUCCGGCACCCACAAUGCUCCAAACUCUGACUCCAGCAGUUGCCAUGACGACGUACCCAACUGUAUCUAUGGCUUUGGCUCCAACUGCUCCACUAAUGCCCCCCUCCUCUACGACUUCUAAAUGGAUUGUUCCCUCAAGUCCAACCCUGGCAGCUGAAAUCCAGAGAAACGUGUCAGUGUGGCUUUCAGAGGGGACCCUUCCACCCUCAGCCUAUUCCUUUGUUACUGCCCCAACUCAAACUGCCCCCCAGCGGAAUCUCACAGUUACCCCUACAGUGCAUGUUCCGGGGACAUCGGAGGCUACAAGGGAAGUUCCUUCCUCAGACAUUCCUCUUCCCUUCACUGAGGGCCCAAGCGCCCCAGCCACCAUCGGACCCAUGGCCCCCACGCUGAGUGCCAGUAGCACGGAGACAGAAGGACCAACCAUCUCUCUAGUCUCCGCCUUCUCCUUGCCGACAGCAAAGCCAAAGUCAACUCUGCUUGAGGGAACCGCACUCUCCAUCUCCGCCAAUGCCACAGGAACGUUCUCCUCUCCGUCAGUCACAGGACUGCUGACCAGUGAAAGAACCACAGUCGUUCCUACCAAGGAAGCCACAUUGACGUCAGUAUCUCCAACACAAAGAGUGAGCACCUCUGCUGUUUCAGUCCUAGCACCCAGCGAGCCCCCCCGUGUAGCUACAGUAAGUACCACGCUCUCUGCAAUAACCGUGAGCACCUCAACCGCGUUGCAGUUACCCAUCACUACGCUGCUUCUUCCUGCAACCGCUGAGCUUCCAACCAAGCUUAGUUCUCUUUCUUACUCAGCAAGUCCAACAUCUCCAACAUCUCCAACAGCUCCAACAUCUCCAACAUCUCCAACAUCUCCAACAUCUCUAACAUCUUACACCACCAAGCUUGUCACUCCCCUGCCAGUCACUAACCUAAGCGCAUCCCCAGCUCCCACCACCAGAGAGACCACAGCCACACCAGAGACAGCCUUCUCCCUUCAGACUGCAAUGCCAACGUCUCCUGUCCCUGAGGGAACCGUAUUUCCAGCAUCAACAGAAGAACCGAGAACAUUAUUUUCUCCUGUGACGGAACAGGUCAGCAGUGAAAGAACAACAGUCUCCCCCACUAAGGAACCUACGGUUACUUCCAUUUACCCCACAGAAGCACUUACCACAGAUUCCUUUUCACUUCUGGAAACCAGCAAACCUCCUGAGAGCUUGUACACAUCAUCUACUGCUGCCUCUACUGUUCCUGUAUCCACAGAGAAGACCACAAAGACCACCCUGACUACACAAACAACUACUGAGCUUUCACUAACAGAGCACUUAACUCUAUCACAGACCACACUGAUGGUUUUCUAUCCUGGGACAGCUACAACUAGUAUUCCCUACACUGUGUCCAAAGACAGGUUGUCUACACCAACAAGUGCAGUUACUGUUACCGAGGAGAUGGUAAAAGACAGGUUAUCUACACCAACAAGUACAUUUACUACCACCAAGGAGAUGGUCAAAGACAGGUUGUCUACACCAACAAGUGCAGUAACUGUCACCGAGGAGAUGGUUAAAGACAAGUUAACCACACCCACAAGUACAUUUACAACCACUAAGGAGAUGGUCAAAGACAGGUUAUCUACACCAACAAGUGCAGUUACUUUCACUGGGGAGAUGGUCAAAGACAGGUUAUCUACACCGACAAGUGCAGUAACUGUCACCGAAGAGAUGGUCAAAGAUAGGUUGUCUACACCAACAAGUGCAGUUACUGUCACCGAGGAGAUGGUCAAAGACAGGCUAUCAACACCAACAAGUGCAGUUACUGUCACCGAGGAGAUGGUUAAAGACAAGUUAACUACACCGACAAGUACAUUUACUACCACCAAGGAGAUGGUCCAUGACAGGUUAUCUACACCAACAAGUGCAGUUACUAUGAUUGAAGAGACGGUCAAAGACAGGUUAUCUACACCAACAAGUGCGGUUACUAUGAUUGAAGAGACGGUCAAAGACAGGUUAUCUACACCAACAAGUGCAGUUACUAUGAUUGAAGAGACGGUCAAAGACAGGUUAUCUACACCAACAAGUGUGGUUACUAUCACCGAGGAGAUGGUCAAAGACAGGUUAUCUACACCAACAAGUGCAAUUACUAUGACUGAGGAGAUCGUCAAAGACAGGUUAUCUACACCAACAAGUGCAAUUACUAUGACUGAGGAGAUGGUCAAAGACAGGUUAUCUACACCAACAAGUGCAAUUACUAUGACUGAGGAGAUGGUCAAAGACAGGUUAUCUACACCAACAAGUGCAGUUACUAUGACCAAGGAGAUGGUCAAAGACAGGUUAUCUACACCAACAAGUGCAGUUACUAUCACCGAGGAGAUGGUCAAAGACAGGUUAUCUACACCAACAAGUGCAAUUACUAUGACUGAGGAGAUGGUCAAAGACAGGUUAUCUACACCAACAAGUGCAGUUACUAUGACCAAGGAGAUGGUCAAAGACAGGUUAUCUACACAGGCAAGUCCAGUAUCCACCACCAGCCAGGGGGUAGAAGACAGGCUAUCGACAUUAACAAGUCCAUCAACAAGCAGUGGCAUUUUGGAAACAUCUCCAAGGACAGGAGAGCCAACUUCCUUACAAACCACAGUACUUGUGUCACCAAAACAUGACAUGGUCACACCAUUUGCCACCAAAGUGUUACCGAGUGAAGUGUCAGGAAAACCAACAGGAUCGCUGGGAGUGUCUCAGGAACCCAGAAUUACAGAGACCAAGGCAGUGUCACCUACAAAACCUACCGCUCCCGGCACUGUCACUUCUCCACUGGCAACGAGCCAGAAUGCCACCCAACAACCAGUCUCGGAGACUUUCGCUGUCUCAAUGCCCCCGUCAGCUUUGUAUCCUAUAACCAUUCUAGAGCUUUCCACCAGAGAAUAUGUUUCUAAGUCUCCGACACAGACUUAUCCAUGGACUGUAGGGACAUCGACACAGGCAGUAACCUUGGAGAGAAGCACGGGAACCCCAUUUGUAACAUCUCCAGUUCCACCGGUCUCAUUCAAAACAAAGGUAGAGACCACUAAAUCAGUCAGUGGUGCCCUCACAUUAUCUGAGGUGCCAACUGGCACAACUACUAAAUUCUCACUGAUAUCUCCAGCCUCUUCUACUGUGCAAGGAACAUCUACAGUGCCCUUAACAGUCAGUGGUGCCUUCACAUUAUCCGAGGUGCCAACUGGCAGAACGACUAAAGUGUCACUGAUAUCACCAGCCUCUUCUACUGUGCAAGGAACAUCUACAGUGCCCUCAACAGUCAGUGGUGCCCUCACAUUAUCCAAGGUGCCAACUGGCAGAACGACUAAAGUCUCACUGAUAUCUCCAGCCUCUUCUACUGUGCAAGAAACAUCUACAGUGCCCUCAACAGCCAUUGGUGCCUUCACAUUAUCCGAGGUGCCAACUGGCAGAACGACUAAAGUCUCACUGAUAUCUCCAGCCUCUUCUACUGUGCAAGGAACAUCUACAGUGCUCUCAACAGCAGAGCCCACAAGUCCUUUGAGAACUUCACGUGUGACUUCCCCAGAGUCAGUAGCUACACUCACCAUCACUGGCACCACACUCCGCCCUUACUCAGAGCCAGCCAAAGCCACGCUGACCACAAGACUUUCUGUGGCCCCUUCCACUCUAUCCACCACAGAAUCUAAACCAGUCCUACUCCCUGAAGUGACUGCCAUCUCCCCCCCAAUGCCUACUGUAACAAGAAAGGUAACUAAAAAACUCAAAGAUUUAACCGGAACCAUGGGACCCUCUGAUAUUAAAAGUACAGUUGAGGAACUAAGGAAUGCAACAGCGCCCCCAAAACCUACAGAUGGGACAGCAUCACCCACUGUCCAUUUCUCUUCCCAGCAAACAGCACUGGUUGAGCCAACAUCAAUGAAGCCAUCAAGGGCGUUUCCAACUAAAGAUGUUACUGGAUCAGUUCUCUCAACAGCAGCCACCCAACCCAGCACGGCAGUCUCGGGGCCAAGCUCGGCCAGCCCUUCAGCAGAUAUCAUCAAGACAACGCAGUUAACCAGUCAACGCACAGAUUCCCCUCUUGCUCACUCAUCAUCCCAAGCUUAUUCAGCUGUCUCUUCUUCUUCCUUUACAGCAGCUCCAUUACCAAUCACAGGAAUAAAAGAACCAAUAACUGAGUCCUUGGCGACGUCUCCCAGCUUGGUCUCAGGUGUGAAUGCCACAGGGACCACCGCCAGGGAAGCGGCUCACCUAGUCACCCAGUUCAGCUCAAUGGCUACCUCCUCUGUGGGCAGAGAAACCCCACCAGCAUUUACAACGAGCCACGUGCCAUCUAAGGACCGAUCGGCAUCUUCAUUUACGUCAACGAGCGUCACAUCUGGAUGGAAAGAGCUGUCAUCAGCCGAUGCCUAUAAAGCGUCAGCUCCGGUCAGUUCUGUGCCCUCAUUCGCUCCAUCAGUCACUCUCUCUGAAACAUUAGCCCCUCUUCAGCCAACACCAAAGGGGCCGCCGGCGGCUGGCCUAGUAACUGAGGAGAUGUUGACACCAGCAAUAACAAUAACAAAGGAUAGAGUUUCAGGAACACCUAAGCCUGAAUUUCCUUCAAGCUACAGUCCACCCGUUGCCACCAUGGCCGUCACAGCCACCUCAGUUUAUUGGACUCCACUUUUAGGCUUUUUGUCUACUACUAAGAUUUCGACCAUUCCUACGGUCACCCACGCAGUUUCAGCCGUUCCGCAUGUAACGGUCCAAGAGAUGUUGGUGACGUCAAUGAAAACCACAAAUUAUUCAACGGUUUAUAGAGCGACCGAGCUCACCACGUUAGGAGCAUUAGUGCCACCUACGUCACAGGCAGCUUUCCACACACCACCCAUGCCCAAUGCCACGGCUACGGUCUAUGCUUCUCCAGCCUCUUACAUGACCAAACUCCCACCCGCGCCAACAACGCAUGCAGUUAGCCUUUUCCCUGUCAGCCCAACCAGCCCAGAGUCACUGUACCAAACUCAAGCCAUAAGCUCUCCAGCACUCAUUUCAGGAACGUCGCUGAUACUAAACACCACAUUCAUUCCACCGGUGACAAUGUCACCCACUUAUGUACCCCACACCUACCCACAGACUGUUUCAGCUUAUUCACUUGACCAGAGAACUGAUGAAGGAAUCUCAGAAGGACUGACUGUGUCGGCCUUGAUACCCUCCAGAGAAACUGCCACCUCACAAGCGUGUGUGCCCUACGCCGAGACCGAGUGCAUCAAACACAUCUGUGUGGAGGGGCAACUGAUCCAAGUGAACAAGUCGCAGAACUGCCCCUACACUGCCACCCAGCCGGGCUGCGGCCUCCUGGGAUUCGCCGUACGGAUCAACGGCGACAAGUGCUGCCCCAAGUGGGAGUGUGCAUGUCGCUGCUCCAUCUUCUCGGACCUGAGCUUGGUCACAUUCGAUGGCGGUUCUGUGGCUCUGUACAAAGAAGCCUCCUACAUCCUGAGUCUGACAGAGGACGAGUCCAUAACCGUUCAGGUCUCCCGAUGUGCCGGCAGGGCCGGCACUGAGGGGGUUACCCUGUGUCUGUCAGCACUGGAGCUUUCCCACUUAUCCAAUCAGAUUGUCAUUGAUCGGCUGAACAGGAAGGUGGCCGUGAACUCCAGGUACGCCUGGCCGAUGGUUAGAAAAUACGGCUAUAAAAUCGUGGAUACGGGACACAUGUAUCUGAUCGACACUCCCGGAAACGUCAAGAUUCAGUGGUUUCACAGCAGCGGUUUGAUGAUCGUCGAGUCCAACUCCACCAAUAAGCUUCCAUCUAUGGGUCUGUGCGGUCUGUGCGAUGGCAACUCCACAAAUGAUCUCAUUUUGCCCAACGGCCGAGUCCUGAGCAAAACAGAAGACUCCGUGGAGUUCCUGGACAGCUGGAUGGUGCCCUACACUGUAAAGUAUGUGGGCAGGGAACGGCACCAAGAUGCCAACUGUACCACCCUGGACUGUGCCGAGUGCAUGGAAAUGAUUCAGAACCAGACGUUCAGCAGCUGCCACCCUUACGUGUCCCCCGAGACUUUCUGUGAUUUGUGGGUGCAGGACCUGGAAUUCAUUGGAGACCCCUGCAAAGCCCUGACUGCCUACGUCUCUAUGUGCCACAAAUUCAAUGUCUGUAUCCAGUGGAGAAGCCCCAAUUAUUGCUCUUUCCAGUGCCCAGAAUCCCUUCAGUACCAGCCCUGUUUGCCUGUGUGUGACAUUCCCCGGACCUGCCAGAAUAAUGAGAUUGAUGUGAGUGACACUGAAUCCUGUGCCGGCCUGACGGAGGGCUGUGUGUGUCCAAAGGGCUCGGUUCUGCACCGCUCAUACUCAACUUUGUGUGUCUCAGAGAAACAGUGCGCCUGUACCGACAGCUCCGGGACCCCACGUGCCAUAGGGGAAAUGUGGAAAAGCUCCCACUCCGGGUGCUGCAUGUACCAGUGUAUCGACAACGAGACCAUCGUUCCCAUCGAGUCCGAGUGCAGCCCCACGGCGGAGCCCCCCUGCCCCAGAUACGGCCAAGUGCUUGUGUCUGUAUCCAAUGGCCACUCCUGCUGCCCCGAGAGGGUCUGUGUGUGCAAUCAGAGCCUGUGUGAUGCCCCGGUGCCCGAGUGUGCCAGUUGGGAGAAGCUGACAGCAUAUUAUCAGGAGGACUCGUGCUGCCCCCGAUAUUCCUGCGAGUGUGACCCAAUAAAGUGUGAGCAGAACCAGCAGAACCAGCAGAACCAGCGCUGCCGGGAGGACCAGACUCUCUUCUCUUCCCCAGUCAACAACUCCUGCUGUGUCCGACACUUCUGUGGGUGCAACGUCUGCUCCUCCCCCAUCCCCUCCUGUCGCGCCGGGGAAAUCCUUAUGGUGGAGGGGAAUGUCACGGAACGUUGCUGCCCUUCCUAUAAGUGCGUGUGUGACAGCUCUCAGUGCCCAGACAUGAGAUGUGACUUUGGGUCGGCGCCGGUGGAGAUUUGGACCCCUGACACCUGUUGCCCUUACAGAACCUGCGAAUGUUCCUGCGAUAAAGUUCCGGUACCAGAGUGCAAACUGGGAGAAAAACUUCAAGUUGAUGAGGAAUUUCAACAUUCUGCCUCCAAUAUCUGUAAUUGCACCGUGUAUAAAUGUGUGCAGGACAGUGUGUGCCUCAGUAAGGAGCGGGGAGUGCUCAGACCGGGACAGACCAUUAUGGAACACAGGGCCGACGGGACGUGCCACUCCGCUCACUGCACCCCCCUACUGGAUCCCGUCACCAAGUACCAUCGGAUCAACGUCACCUCCCUAAAGUGCGCGGCAAAGUGUCAGCCUAAUCAGGUGUAUGAGCCCCCGAGGGACCUGACCUCGUGCUGUGGGAGCUGCCGCAACGUUUCCUGCCUACAGACCCUACUGAAUGGGACUCUGCUCAGUCACAGGCCCGGUACCUCUUGGAUCUCUAACUGUGUCAGAUAUGACUGCACAAACACCUCUGUAGGACCCGUCCUACUCACCUCUGCUAUCAACUGCCCUCCAUUUAAUGAGACAGAGUGUGUAAAGAUGGGCGGCUACGUGGUGUCAUUCUUGGACGGUUGCUGCAAGACAUGUAAGGAGGAUGGAAAGUUCUGCAAACGGGUCACUGUCCGAAUGACCAUCAGGAAGAAUGACUGUAGGAGCCACACCCCCGUGAACAUUGUGUCAUGUGACGGGAAGUGCCCCUCGGCCAGUAUCUAUAACUACAAUAUUAACAGCUACGCCCGGUUCUGUAAGUGCUGCCGGGAGUUGGGCCUGCAGCGGCGCGUGGUGCCCUUGUACUGUAGCGCCAACUCCACUUGGGUCAACUACUCCAUCCAAGAACCCACAGACUGUUCCUGCCAGUGGUCCUAAACUGGUUCUGAAACAUUUGGGCCGAGGGAACAGGAUGCUGGUUCCUACGAGACACUGACUGUACAGAGCCCAAUGAGUUCCCCCAAGCUAAUCAGUACUCGGACCUCGCUUCUCCAGAACUCACAGCCCAGUAGGUUUGCAGGAAGGUCCAUUGUGUCCCAUUGGGCCGUUCUUAUAAAACUGUGCCAAUUUCUGAAAGGAAAGAACCGUUCCAUAAGUGCCAGCGCCAUUACGGACCCAUUACCGGCUACUCGGAGCCUCUCCCUGUCCUGGUACCGCCGACCCAUCUAAUUGUUCCGCAGACUGAGCUUCCCGAGCCCAUUGGCCCUGCAGUUCUGUCUCCCUGUCCUGGUACCGCCGACCCAUCUAAUUGUUCCGCAGACUGAGCUUCCCGAGCCCAUUGGCCCUGCAGUUCUGUCUCCCUGUCCUGGUACCGCCGACCCAUCUAAUUGUUCCGCAGACUGAGCUUCCCGAGCCCAUUGGCCCUGCAGUUCUGUCUCCCUGUCCUGGUACCGCCGACCCAUCUAAUUGUUCCGCAGACUGAGCUUCCCGAGCCCAUUGGCCCUGCAGUUCUGUCUCCCUGUCCUGGUACCGCCGACCCAUCUAAUUGUUCCGCAGACUGAGCUUCCCGAGCCCAUUGGCCCUGCAGUUUCUGUCUCCCUGUCCUGGUAACCGCCGACCCAUCUAAUUGUUCCGCAGACUGAGCUUCCCGAGCCCAUUGGCCUGCAGUUCUGUCUCCCUGUCCUGGUACCGCCGACCCAUCUAAUUGUUCCGCAGACUGAGCUUCCCGAGCCCAUUGGCCCUGCAGUUCUGUCUCCCUGUCCUGGUACCGCCGACCCAUCUAAUUGUUCCACAGACUGAGCUUCCCGAGCCCAUUGGCCCUGCAGUUCUGAUGCCCCAGAAGAACCAGCUUUCGGCAGAAUUGGACUUUUGGGUUCUUACCCCCAUGGGGGCAGGUAGGAGCCCAGCAGUAGCGGCACCGCCCCCGGAACCCAGGAGUAAUGGACCCGCUGAGUUUGCUCAUUUUCCAGCAGUAGGAGGACCAGUACCAUCUUGUUGUACCAAUGGCAGGGAAAGAGUCCAAUUGGGCAGAACCAAUAGAAUCAAUGAAGUGGUGUCGCUGGGGAUCUGCCAUUGGGUCCCAUGGAACUCCCAGCGACCCACUCCAAGGGUUCUGCUGUACUGGUGCCGGAGAUCCAUGUUUGUCCCACUGGGGCUGAGCUCAGUAGAACCCGAUGGACUCCCCCACUGUACCAGGUUAUGGAUUCAUUGGGUCUGUCAGAACCUUUCUGUUCCCCAAGGCCCGACCUCAGCUCCCCAGGAACCGCCGGGACCCGGGCAAAUGGCCGCCACUUUACCUCAAAGGGAAAGCGAACCCUCGAGACCCCCGGCAGCAGCAGGCUCCUCCCCCUCUUUGUAAUACAGUGAAUUUUAUCCAA